UUUUACAGAUUGGUUGAGGAGUUGUGUCAUUUUAUGCACAAAGUUAACUGUCUUCGGUUUUUUAAAAGUAGAAGUCUGCCACAAACCUGUAAAUUCACAUGGGAGGCUUUCUUGGACUUAAAGGUAGCGGACAUCAUUCAGAAAAGAUGGAAACCCGAUCUGACAAUGAGUGAGGAAUGGAAUAAAGUUCUUGGGAAAAUAUAUUCUCUUGAACAGAAGAUUCAAGCCUUGACCACCACAAACUAUCAAUCUAGUCCAGGAACUGACUGCAAACUAUCAACCUAAUCCAGGAACUGACAGCAAACUAUCAACCUAAUCCAGGAACUGACAGCAAACUAUCAACCUAAUCUAGGAACUGACAGCAAACUAUCAACUUAAUCCAGAAACUGACCGUAAACUAUCAACCCAAUCCAGAAACUAAUCUAAGUCAAUUUGUUGGUCUGAAGUUAAUUCCCAAUUAACUUUUCUAUAAUGUUCAGAGAUGGUUAAUAUCAAGGGAAGAAAUCCUUAAAUAACUGUAUGUUGACACGAGUUGUGAGAACUAGUUUUACGAGAAUUUUUUAUUUUGUCAAUAACAAAGAUAUGAAAAAUCCUGACUCACAAUGGUGAAUUCGUCUUAUGGCAAAGUGCCGAUUUAACAUAUUUUAAGAAAUUGAAACAAUACAAUACUCAACUUAUUUUAUUUAUAAAUCUAAUAUUUAAAGAUAUUUGUUUCCAUUUAUUCUUUUUGUUUCGUAUUUACCUAAAUCAGAAUAAAACUUAACAAAUAUAUUUAAUUGUCUUUGUUAGAAGUUUUCCCCCAGAAACGGGGGAAAAGUUGUAAAAUUUUAAGUUCCCCUUCCAAAUUUAGAGACACAUCUUCAUUAAAACUGAAAUGCUUCAACGACAAGUGGAGAUUUACAUAUGAAUCAGUGUUAAUAAUAUCUUCUCAACUCCGAAAUAAAAACCUUUAAUUUGUU